AAAUGUCGAGAAAAAAAAAAUACGGUAGAAAAAAUCGCAAAGCAUCUAGAAAAAAUCAAACCGGGCUCCCACUGUAGAAAAAACCAGUCGGGUGCUUUGAGAAAAAUCGAGAAGAAUGCGCGAAAAAUUUUCUCCGCGCGCGCGCUGCGCGCGCGGCGAGGUUGUUUCUCAGCGUCUCUGCACAUGGGGCGCGCCCCAAUCUCCGUCUGUCGCUUGAAAAAUUUUCUCCGCGUGCUGCGCGCGCGAGUUUCCUGCCUCGGCCUUCGUCUUGGCCGCCGAGUAUGUGGGUGCGGUUCUUCUGCACACAAUGCGCGGCCCCGCCUGGCCGCGUGGCCCGCUUGUCAUGUCGGAAAAAUUUUCUCCGCGCGCUGCGCGCGCAGCGAGGUGUCUUGUCAGCGCUCCCCACACAUGGGGCGCGCACCUACCUCCGUCUGCCGCUUGGAAAAUUUUCUCCGCGCGCUGCGCGCGCGGCGAGAUUGCUUCUUCGCGUUCCCUACACAUGGGGCGCGCCCCCCACCUUCGCCUGUCGCUUGAAAAAUUCUCUCCGCGCGCUGCUCGCGCGGCGAGGUUGCUUCCAAACGUUCCCAGCACAUGUGGCGCGCCCCCACCCCCGUCUGCCCUUUGGAAAUUUCCUCCGCGCGCUGCGCGCGCAGCGAGGUUGCUUCUCAGCAUUGCCCACGCAUGGGGGGCGCCCCCAUCUCCAUCUGCCCCUUGAAAAAUUUGCUCCGCGCGUUGCGAGCGCGGCAUUGCUACCGUUGCCGUCUUCUUGGCCGCGAAGUAUGUCGGCUCGGAUCGUCUGCACCCAAAGCCGCGCGCGUCCGCUUGGUUGCGUGGCCUGCUUUUCGAAAAAAUUUCCCCCGCGCGCUGCGCGCGCGGCGAGGUUGCUUCUUAGGGCCCCCCACACAUGGGGCGCGCCCGCGCCUUCGUUUGCCGCUUGCAAAAUUUUUCUCCGCGCGCUGCGCGCGCGGCGCGGUUGCUUCUCGGCAUUCCCCACACAUGUGGCGCGCCCCCACCCCCGUCGGCCCUUUGAAAAAUUUUCUCCGCGCGCUGCGCGCGCAGCGAGGUUGCUUUUCAGAAUCCCCCGCACAUGGGGCGCGCCCGCAUCUCCGUCUGUCGCGGACUUGAAAAAUUUGCUCCGCGCGCUGCGCUCGCGGCUUUGCUCCCUUUGCCUUCUUCUUGGCCGCGAAGUAUGUUGGCUCGGUUCGUCUACACCCAAUGCCGCGCGCCCCCGCUUGGCUGCGUGACCCGCUUGUCGGAAAAAUUCUCCCCAUACAUUGCGCGCGCGGCGAGGUUGGUUCUCAGCGCCCCCCACACAUGGGGCGCGCCCCCACCCCCUUCUGCCGCUUGAAAAAUUUUCUCCGCGCGCUGCGCGCGCGGCCUUGCUGCCUUCUCUUUGGCCGCCGAGUAUUUGGCUGCGGUUCUUCCGCACACAAUGCGCGGCUCCGCCUGGCCGCGUGGCCCGCUUGUCAUGUCGGAAAAAUUUUCUCCGCGCGCUGCGCGCGCGGCGAGGUUUCCUGCCAGCUGCCCCCACACAUGGGGCGCGCACCCACCUCCGUCUGCCGCCUGAGAAAUUCUCUCCGCGCGUUCCGCGCGCGGCGAGGUUGCUCCUUAGCGUUCCCCACAAAUGGGGCGCGCCCCCGGCUUCGCCUGCCGCUAGAAAAAUUUUCUCCGCGCGCGCGAGGUUGCUGCCCAACGUUCCCCGCACAUGUGGCGCGCCCCCACCCCCGUCUGCCCUUUGGAAAAUUUUCUCCGCUUCUCAGAAUUCCCCACGCAUGGGGCGCGCCCCCAUCUCCAUCUGUCGCUUGAAAAAUUUGCUCCGCGCGCUGCGAGCGCGGCAUUGCUACCUCUGCUGUCUUCUUGGUUGGCCGCGAAGUAUGUCGGCUGGCUCGGUUCGCCUGCGCCCAAUGCCGCGCGCUUCCGCUUGGUUGGUUGCGUGGCCUGCUUUUCGCAAAAAUUUUCCCCGCGCGCUGCGCGCGCGGCGAGGUUGCUUCUUAGCGUUCCCCACACAUGGGGCGCGC